CAAACUGCUCUUCUUUUCCCUUUCCUCUACUUUUACAUUUUACCACAGUGAGUCUACCUCCUUUUUUCCUUUUUUAUUUAUUUAUUUAUUAUUAUUCCAUUCCAUUCCAUUCAAAACCAACCGGUUUCUCUUCCUUUUCUCUCUACAGUAAAUUCACACGCACCCAUAUAUAUACACUUCUUCUAAACUUCACUCUGUAUUCUUCUUCUUCUCCUUCUCCCAACUAACAACACCAUCAUAUGCUCUGUGCACACACCAUCUUCUCAUCAUCCACACACUCCGUUUCAUGAUCUCGGUGCCUUCGUUUGAAGAGAAAAAUUGGAUUUUGACGCAUUCCUAGAGAUUAAACUGUUGUCUUCCUUUAAAACGGGGUUUCAUGGGUUGAACUCAAAGAAUCAUGGGUAGUUUCAGUGCAGACGAGGAUUCUCCGUUUUUUGAUGCUCAAGAAGAUAUUUUGUCCAUUGCUGAUGCAAAUUCCGUUGAUGAUGGUGAUAAAGGGGUUUGUGUUGGUUUUGAUUACGAACUGUGGAUUCGGAGUCCAAGGAGUGUGGGAGAGCGUAGGAGGAAGUUUAUGAAUAGCAUGGGAUUGAGUGUAGAUGAAAUUGCUCAUGAAAUUUUAUUAGAUGUUGAGAAGGAAGAGAUUAUGGAUAGUGUAAAAGAUUGUUGUGGCUCUGAAGAGGAAUUCAGUUCAAGUAGGUUUUCAAUGUCUCGUUGCAACAGUUUGAACUCUUCAGAUGAGUUUGGUUUUGUGGAUAAUAAUAACUUGACAUGUCAAGAUGAUAAUUUGGAGAAAAGAGUGGAGGAUGAUGGGGAUGAAGACAGUCCAAAACAGUUGGUGGUUGCUAAGGAAUAUGAGGAUUCUGUGAAUGUCUCUAUGGUGCCUCCUUAUGAAGGAUUGCUAGGUAGGGAGAGUGAGGAUACAGAUGGUGAUGUGAUUACUCGAACGAUGAAUAGGUUGAGAAAGGGUUGGUUUAGUAGGUUGCGAUCGAUGACGUGUAUGGUUGAUAGCCAAGUGGAAGGUGGUGAGGAUGGGAGAGAAGAAGGGAGAUUUGGAAUCUCAGGGUGUAGGCUUCAGGAAGUUAAGGUUCGUCAAUGUAGGAAGAAAAUGAAAGAACUUUCGUCUCUUUACUUGAGGCAAGAUAUCCAAGCGCACAAAGGUUCGAUUUUGACUAUGAAAUUCAGUCCUGAUGGACAGUAUCUUGCCACUGGUGGUGAAGAUGGGGUUGUUUGUGUGUGGCAAGUGGUUGAGGAGGAUAGAUGUAAUGAAAUUCACAUUCCAGAAAUUGAUCCCUCUUGUGUUUACUUUACGGUGAGUGAUAAAUCUCAAUUGACACCAUUGUUUAUGGAUAAGGAAAAACUUAGCAAACUGAAGAGCAUGAGAAAAACAUUAGAUUCAGCUUGUGUUGUUUUCCCGCCUAAGAUCUUCCGGUUGUUGGAAAAACCAUUGCACGAGUUCCGUGGGCAUAGGAGUGAAGUUUUGGAUCUCUCUUGGUCAAAGAAGAAUUGUCUUCUUUCAUCAUCAGUUGACAAAACCGUCCGACUCUGGCAAGUGAAUCAUGAACAUUGCUUGAAAGUGUUUUCACACAGUAAUUAUGUGACGAGCAUACAAUUCAAUCCCGUCGAUGAUGAUUAUUUCAUUAGUGGAUCCAUAGACGGAAAAGUGCGCAUAUGGUCAAUUCCUGAUUGCCAAGUUGUUGAUUGGACUGAUGUUAGAGAUAUAGUAACUGCAGUAUGUUAUCGGCCUGAUGCACAGGGAGGGAUUGUUGGCUCUUUGUCAGGAGAUUGUCGGUUUUAUAAAAUAUCAGAGAAUCACUUGCAGUUAGAUUCCCAACUAUGCUUAAUUGGUAAAAAGAAACUUCCUGGCAGAGGGAUUACAGGCUUUCAGUUUCUUCCUCAAGAUUCUAACAAAGUCAUGGUUACCUGUGCUGAUUCACAAGUCAGAAUCCUUGAUGGGCUUAAUGUAAUUUGCAAGUACAAAAGUCUUUACACAGGAAGCCCAAGGUGUGCAUCGUUUACUUCGGACGGGAAACAUAUUUUAUCGGCUGGCGAGGACUCUAAUGUAUAUCUAUGGAACAUUAAUCAGGAAGAGCCUUAUCCAGUGAAAUCUAAGAAGAUUAGGUCUUGUGAGCGGUUUUUCUCAAAUGCAUCCGUUGCAGUACCUUGGCAUGGUUUGAAAUCUCAAAUUACUGUAAACGAACAAUUGAAUGUCUUGGAUAAAAAAUCACCUCCAGUUAUACAAUUACACCCUAAUCCACCUGCUUCUUUCUCUUUGGGCCAAGAGUUUUUCUUGGAGUCUUUUCCCAAGGGAUCUGCAACCUGGCCCGAGGAAAAGCUUCCUGUUUCGAGCUCCAAGACGAAAAAAACAUCAUUGCUGCAUAGGUCCGAAUACAAGAUGUUGAAAUCUUCGUGCAAGAGUACUGCACGCGCUCAUGCGUGGGGUAUGGUCAUUGUGACUGCGGGCUGGGAUGGUAGGAUAAAAUCAUUCCACAAUUAUGGGCUACCUGUACCCGUUUGAAAUGAAGCGACUUUUCCUAGGUGGGAAAAUAGCAUCGAAGUUCAUUGCUCUGUUGGACAUUGUUCUUUAGAAAAAUACAUGCUGCAAUGUUUUUGGAAGCUUUGAGAGUGAUGUUAACAAAGCAGUUUGAGGUCAAAACCAUGAGCAGUAGAACACUGAAGAAAUUGGGCUUCCCUUUCAGAUUAUUGAGGUUCAUGACAGAUGGUGAUACCGUUGUGGUUGUAAUGUAAUGCAAAAACCUGGAUUUGGGCUGUGUGUGGCUAUAACCCCAUGACAUCGCAUAGUCAUCCACAUCUAAACCAUACGAUCAAGAUUAGACAGCUCAUAUUUGAAGUUCGGUAUUUAGGUUUUUAAAAAUCCAAGAUUGGCAUUGUAAUUUAAACCAUCUAAUCUUUAUUAGUCAGUCCAGAUGUGGCUGACUGUAAUAACCCUGCAGGAAAAUUGGCUAAUGGCCAAAUUUUAGCUUGUCUUGAUGCCAAAUAUGAAUUGGCUUUUGUUACACAAGAAAGAAUCUGCUGGCCCCUAAAAGAGGUGCAAAGUCAUGUGUUGAAAAACUUAAAAAGGGUCCUAGGAGAUAUUAUUUUGAUAUGUUGUGGGACCAUGGGGGACCUUUGCAAAAAUCCUCUUGUUUGCUAAGAUGAAUGGUGAAUAUUCAAGAGUUGGUGGCUCAAGUUCUCACUCAGAUCAAUCAAAAUGCUAAGAGUGGUCAUGCUUUUAUUAUUGGCCAUUUGUACAAAAAGGGUUAAAACAUGGAAAUGUGGUGAAGAUUUGUGUGGCAGUUAUGUUUGCUUGAAUAGUUGCUUUCAGCUGCCUAUUGCUCCAAGAUAUACAAACAGUACAAACAAGCAAUAUGAUUAUGAUCUGUUUAGUGGCUCGAAGACUUUGUCAACUGCUGUAGUUCUGACAUAUAUCAUAGUUAUAACUAACAAAUACUAGUAGUAAUAUGCUGUGUAUAUGGUUUCAAUUUAAGGCCAACAUCACUUUUUGAUUAGUUGAGGUACAAAUAUUGGUCCUUUCUAAUUUAAUGUAAAUUUGUAAUUUGCUAGUGUAAGUAAUAUUUAUUUUGUUGGUUUGGCUUUUGGUUGAAGGAAAUAGAAGUGAACAUAAGUUCUUUGCAUGGAAAUGUUUACUCUAUUUUAGUCUA